AUGGAGGUGCUCAUGCAGAGCCCGACAACCUACCCCGAGCAGCUGUCUAUCAUCGGUCGCUGGCUGCAUGACGGCUUGAAUGGGCGCCAGAAUCGUGAACAGGUCCAAUCUCAAUCCAGUGAUCGACUUACCUACGACCUCUCAAUCCCUCCACUUGUCGCAGACGACCCCGCAUCGUGGAAGCAGCUGGGAAGUGAGGCCCCAGAAAUGGUGAGAAGCAUUCGUAUCGAGUUCACGCGCCCCGUCAGACGCUCCGAAUCGGAAGGCGAAGGCUUUCUGGUAUCUCGGCAAAUCGAAGAACUUGUCCAGAGUUUGAACAACACUGAGCAACUCAAUGACAGUCUGACACACAAUAAGCGCUAUUCGAAGCUUACAGGGCUGCCGAUCAUGUUUGUAAAAGUAGAACCCUGGCUUGGACUUCAAAAAGAGUUCGAAAGCCUCAGGCAAUGUUUCGUGGAACACUUCAACUUUGACGUCUGCGAUAUCUUCAAGAUCCCAGAGAACAACGCCCAGAACACGCUGAAAAAGAAGAUCGAGGAACUCAUACACACGUACGGAAAGAAGGACGCGCUUCUUAUCGUCGUUUACGUCGGCCACGGCUUCGAUCCGUCGGACAUUGAGUGGAGGAGAAGCCGUCUAACCUCGAUAUACACAGAAGGCGUGAACUGGUCUGCCAUACAGCCAUCACUCCACCGCGCGCCGUGUGAUACUCUCAUCAUCUUGAAUUGUUGCUCUGCGGGAAAUGCUGCGUUGAGUGGCAUGAAGGGCACCAACGAGAUUCUCGCAGCCUCAGACCGCCCGAGCAUUGCAUACACACACGAUCAAUCAUUUCUGAAAGCCGUGAUCAAAGUCCUAGCGGAAUUAAAGACUUCCAGGUCCAGUUUGACAAUCAGCAUGCUUAGAGAUCGACUCGAUGAUUACAAUAAGCACGACAGAGACGCGCGGAACAGGAUCACUUCGCCAUACCAUAAAAGAUACCCAGCCCUGGAUCAUCCGAGCAUCAAGCUCCGGGCUUUACCGAAGUCAGACACCGCGACCAAGCGCCCAAAAACCUCGACGGAGAGCCCCUACACCCCCUCAUUCUACGUGAAAGUACCUCUUGACUCUCCUGGCAGCGUGUCGUUGGCCGAAUGGACUUCCUGUUUUGCGAGCACAAAUUACCCCAGUGACGUCAAGUUGCACUUUUAUACCGAGGAGUCCUUGCGCAAUGGUUUGAAGGCAGAUGAUGGUAAAUGA